ACUAAAUAUCGUGUGCAGGAAAGUCUCUGCUGUCAGAGCCUGAAAAGAGCCAGGAUGGGAUUCUCAGACUUGCUUAGAACCUUUGGGGGGAAUAGGGCAUUUUCAAGUCCUGCUGAUUGCCCUGAUGGUCAUUCCUGGGAUACUUUAUGCCUGCAACAAUUUCCUACAGAACUUUCAUUGCAGUAGUACCAGAACACCACUGCUUGCUCUGGAACCAGACAAAUUGCAGAGUCUCCAUUCCUGGGAGAUGGCAGGGAUAAGGACCUGCUGAGAGCCUACAUUCCCAUGGAUAAAGCUGGAAGCCAGAGAAGUGUCUCAGGUUCACUGAACCUCAGUGGCAGCUCUUGAAUGCAAAUUUCACAGAGGAGGCAAGACCAGCCACUGAAGACUGCCUGGAUGGAUGGGUCUAUGACAAGAGUGUCUUCCUCUCCUCCAUUGUUACUGAGUGGGACCUGGUUUGUGGACAGAAGGCACUGCAAUCAAUUCCUCAGACAAUGUACUUAGCAGGACAGCUGUUAGGAAGCCUAGUUUUUGGGAUGCUCUCUGACAGGUUUGGAAGGAGGAAGAUACUGAUGUGUACCUCUCUGAUGAUCAUCAUUACCAGUACCUGUGUGGCCUUUGUGCCCACCUUCACUGCUUUUGUCAUCCUUCGAUUCUUCAUUGGUUCUGUAUUAAUGGGUGCCAACAUGGCCAAAAACUGCCUGACUUUAGAGUGGAUGCCUAUUGAGAGAAGGGUCCUGGCUCAUGCUUGUAACACAUAUGCCUACAGUUUGGGGACGGUUCUCCUGUCUGCAUGGGCCUAUCUGAUUCGAGAAUGGCGCUGGCUCCAGUUUUCCACUUCAGUCGCAUAUGGAAUCACUUUUCUUUUCUCCAUGGCCCUCCCAGAAUCUGCCCGUUGGCUCAUCACUCACAACAAACUCCACAUGGCUGUGAAGAGCCUUCAGAAGGUGGCAUGGAUAAAUGGCCAGCAGGAAGAAGGGAGGAAGCUCACUCCAGAAGAUGUAAAAUCCCAUAUUGAGGAGGACUUUGCAACUGUGAAGUCAACCUCUCAUCUUGGACACCUUUUCCAGACUCCAGGGAUGUGCAAGAUCACAUUGUGUGUCAUAUCCACAUGGUUUACUUGUGGAUUUACCUUUUAUGGACUGGCUUUCAACUUGGAGAGCUAUGACUUCAGUCUUUAUGUGGUUCAGGUGCUAUUUGGACUCAUAGAUAUCCCAGCUAGGCUACUAGCAUUCAUUAGCAUUUCUUAUCUGGGACACCGCUUCACCUUAAUGUUGUGGGCAGUUUUCUCUGGAUCCACGAUCAUCAUUGGCAUAUUUGUGCCUCAAGAUCUGGCUGUUCUUAGGAUGACACUUGCUGUGCUUGGAAAAGGAAGCAUGGUAGCUGUCCUUUCAUGUCUUUUCCUCUACAUAGUGGAACUCUUUCCAACUGAAAUCAGGCAGAUGGGAAUGAGUGUUGGUUUGUUUGCUGUAAGCACUGGCAGCAUGUUUGGUUCCCUUGCCAGAAUGAUAGGCAUCCCUCUUUUGGAGACCCUGUUGUUUGGAUUAGUGCCUUUCCUUUCUGCCAUUUCUGCCUCCUUCCUGAUCGAGACCCAUGGCCUCCCAUUGCUAGAGACAAUCGAGGAGACAGAGAACAGGAUGAAGAGAGCACAGUCUCUGAAAGGAAAUGCCAGUGAAGAUGUAGAGGAGAGACCAGCUUUGCUUCUCCCAGAAAUGACACAAGCUGAAGGCACAGUUUGAUCCUCAUACAUACUUCUGAGAGAACCCAACAUCUGGACGUGGAUUCAUUAUUUUUUUCAUUUUGAGAAGUGAAAUUUACCCUUUCUGAAUUAAGAGUGGAUCCUCUGGCUGCUGAGAGGCUGGAAGGGGGUUAAUUACUAUAAAUUCAUUUUAAUUCAUUCCCUGAAAUAAAAUCAUAAAUAUCAUACUUCAAAAUAUUUCAAAAUAAGACCAAUUAAACAAAUGAAGAGAAA